CGCCCAGGCGCAGCUCCGCAACCUCGAGGCCUAUGCCGCGCAGCCGCAUUCGUUCGUGUUCGCUCGGGGUCGCGCUGGUCGCGGCGUCCGGCAGCUGAGCCUGGACCUGCGGCGGGUCAUGGAGCCGCUCACCGCCACUCGCCUGCAGGUCCGAAAAAAGAACUCGCUGAAGGACUGCGUUGCGGUAGCCGGGCCCCUUGGGGUCACACAUUUCUUGAUCUUCAGCAAGACGGAGACCAACAUCUACUUUAAGCUGAUUCGACUUCCAGGAGGUCCCACCUUGACCUUCCGGAUCAAUCAGUACACACUGGUGCGAGACGUGGUCUCCUCACUGCGCCGGCACCGCAUGCACGAACAGCAGUUUGCCCACCCUCCCCUCCUGGUGCUCAACAGCUUCGGCCCCCACGGCAUGCACGUGAAGCUCUUGGCCACCAUGUUCCAGAACCUGUUUCCCUCCAUCAACGUGCACAAGGUCAACCUGAACACCAUCAAGCGCUGCCUCCUCAUUAACUUCAACCCCGACUCUCAGGAGCUGGAUCUCCGCCACUACAGCAUCAAGGUGGUUCCUGUGGGCGCCAGUCGUGGGAUGAAAAAGCUUCUCCAAGAGAAGUUCCCCAACAUGAGUCGGCUGCAGGACAUCAGCGAGCUGCUGGCCACGGGCGCCGGGCUGUCAGAGAGCGAGGCAGAGCCUGAUGGCGAGCACAACAUCACCGAGCUGCCCCAGGCCAUCGCUGGCCGUGGCAACAUGCGGGCCCAGCAGAGCGCAGUGAGGCUCACAGAGAUCGGCCCUCGGAUGACGCUGCAGCUCAUCAAGAUACAGGAGGGUGUUGGCGAGGGCAACGUGCUGUUCCACAGUUUCGUGCACAAGACGGAGGAGGAGCUGCAGGCUAUGCUGGCGGCCAAGGAGGAGCGGCUGCGACUCAAGGCACAGAGGCAGGACCAGCAGGCCCAGAAUGUGCAGCGAAAGCGGGAGCAGCGAGAGGCUCACAAGAAGAGGAGCCUGGCAGGUAUGAAGAGGACACGCACAGAGGCUGAUGGGGACAGCGACGCUGAGGACCCGGGCGCCCCUCCGGAGGCAGAAGGAGCCAGCCGGCUGGAGGAGGAGGAGGAGGAUGAAGCUGAGUAUUUCCGCCAGGCAGUCGGCGAGGAACCUGACGCAGACAUGUUUCCUGGGCUGACCAGGCGCAGACGGCCUGCUCGACCUCCAAGCAAAAAGCAACGGGUAAAGGACCGGAAGCCGGAGCGAGGAGGUGACCGGAGGCCUCCAAGGCCCAAGGGCCAGUUGCGAAGAGGUCAAGCCAAGGCUGGUCCCCCCCGGGCUGCCCGAGGUCGUGCCCAGGGCCGAGUGCGGCUGCCUAAGAGAGCAGCUCGAGUAGCGGUAGCAGCCUGUCUAAGGCUUGAUCCACUCCUGUUCGCCGAGGUCUGCAAUGAGGAAGGAGGCGGGGGUGGGGCCCAGGACCAACCAGCCCUGCCAGCUGUGGGUCGGCAGCCCUGCCCAGAGCCCUUAUUGGUGGCAGCAGAGCAAGUCCUCAACAGCAUCCAAGAGGGCUUUUUGUGGUCCUUCUUGGUGGCUGAGUUCCUGGUGGCCGUGACCGGCAACGGGCUGGCCCUGUACCGCUUCAGCACCCGGGAGCAGCGGCCCUGGUCCCCAGCCGUGGUCUUCUCCGCACAGCUGGCCAUCAGUGACCUGCUGUACGCCCUGACGCUGCCACCACUGGCUGACUACUUCUACCCACCCAAGCACUGGCGCUUCGGGGCAGUCCUGUGCUACGCGGAGCGCUUCCUCUUCACCUGCAACUUGCUGGGCAGCAUGGUCUUCAUCACCUGCAUCAGCCUCAACCGCUACCUGGGCAUCGUCCACCCCUUCUUCACCCGCAGCCACCUGCGGCCCAAGCACGCCUGGGCAGUCAGCGCCAUAGGCUGGGGCCUGGCGGCCGUGCUCGCCGCGCCCACGCUCAGCUUCUCCCGCCUGACGACAGGCAACUGUACCAAGGGCAUCCAGGUCUGUGUCAAGUGUCUGGGCACAGCGGUUGACAGCCAGCUGGGAGCCUACUGGGUCUACAGCCUGGUGCUGGCCGGCCUGGGCUGCGGACUGCCCCUACUGCUCACCCUGGUGGCCUACGGCAUGCUGGGCCGCGCUGUGCUGCGCAGUCAUGGCAUGAGCAGGGCCGAGAAGCUGCACGUCGUGGCGCUGGUGGCCAGCGGUGUGGUCCUCUACGCCAGCUCCUACGUGCCCUACCACAUCAUGCAUGUGCUCAACGUGCGUGCCCGGCGGCGCUGGAGGGCCCAAUGCCCUGACUUUGUGACUGAGGCCCAGGCCAUUGCAGCGCUGGACCGGGGCCUCUACACCGCCUACCAGAUCAUGCGUGUCUUUGUGCCCCUGGCCAUCUGCGUGCACCCGCUGCUCUACAUGGCGGCGGUGCCCAGCUUGGGCUGCUGCCGCCCAUGCUGCCAGGCGGGGCAGGCCCCCAAGAGUUCCAGCAAAGCCCUGCCCCUCAAUGACACAGCCACUUCCCCUACCUCCCACCAUCCCCCAGGGUUGGGGUCCUCUGAGGUGACCUCCUGAUUGGCCUGGAGAACAGAACAAGCCACCCCCACCCACCCCCAUGAUGCAAGGCCUGCACCAGACUGGAAUUCAGGGCACAGCAGCGAGUGUCCUGAGGCAGGCACCGAGGCUCGGGGCCUGAGCUUCGCAGAGCGGAGGAGGGGUCUGGCCCACACGCAUGGUGGCGGCAGACAAUAAAGAACUUGAGAGAGCA